AUGGUUGGUGCCAAGAUCGAUAGCCAGGGCAUUAUUAUUGAUGAAUCCAGGCAUGAGGACCACGAGCCGGGGAUCACGUGUGUGUGCUCGAUUGGGUCUAGCGACUUUGACCGGCUAUCUGGCGGCAAGCUGGUGCCGUUCAAGAACAUUGUGUGGGUAGAGGUGGGGGACAAUCAGAGCGUGGAGGUGACGUAUGUAGUCGAGAAGGCGUCGGAGGUGGCGAUUCACACGGUGGUGGCGGAUGUUAGCCCGUCCGAUCGCGUGGCCGAGGUCAAUUCCAAGGCGCUGGCCACGAAACUGAUGAACCUGGCGUACGCAGACUCCGAACCGCACAAGUCGGUGGUUGUUUUUCUGAACCCGCACAGCGGCCAGGGCAAGGCGCACAAAUUCUACACGCACCAGGUGGAGCCUGUGCUGAAGGCGGCACGGUACCGCGUGGAGCUCGUCAACACGACUUACUCCGGCCACGCCACGGAUUAUAUGCGCGAGAUGGACAUUGAAAAAUACGACGGGGUGAUUUGCGCGUCGGGGGACGGGAUCCCCCACGAGGUGGUCAACGGGCUGUACCAGCGCACGGACCGCGCAGAGGCGUUCACGAAGCUGUUUGUGUGCCAGGCCCCGUGUGGGUCGGGCAACGCCAUGUCGCUCUCUUGUCUGGGCACACUCAAUCCGGGCCUAGCUGCGCUGGAGAUCGUCAAGGGUCACGUCGUGCGUGCCGACCUGAUGGCCGUGUGCAACAGCCGCGGCUUGUCGAAACUUUCGUUUCUGAGUCAGACGUUUGGCAUCAUCGCCGAGGCAGACAUCGGCACCGAAUGGAUGCGGUUUGUUGGCCAGGCGCGGUUCGACAUCGGCGUGGCCGUCAAGGUGUUCACCAAGACGCAGUUUCCGUGCAAGAUCGCGGUCAAGCGCAUCACCAACAACAAACAGGAGCUCGCAGACCAUUACCGCGAGCGGUACAGCCAGCCCCCAAGCACAAACGUGCCGCUGACUGCGACCAGUUUCGAGCUCAACAGCUUCGAGGCCGACCACAACUUCGACGAGGACCAUCUCCCGAGCGGCUGGGAGUGGCUCGACGAAAAAGUCACCGACAACCUGGCCAUCUUCUACACAGGAAAAAUGCCGUUUAUCUCCAAAGACGUCAACUUUUUCCCGGCAGCCCUACCGAACGACGGCUCGAUCGACAUGAUUGUGUUUGAUGGCCGCAGCAACAUCAUCAGCACGGCCGACGCUUUGCUCAACCUCAACAAGGGCAAACACAUCUGGAAAAAGGACAUCGACCACAUCAAGGUGGAGUCGUACCGACUGAUCCCCAAGCUCGCACCGGGACGCAAGUCGUACAUCUCGAUCGACGGCGAAAACUCCCCCGUGGAGCCGAUUCAGGCAGAGAUCCUACAUGGCGUGCUCAAGACCAUCAUGACCGGCGGCCGGUUCAAAGAAAGUGGAUUUAUGGAUAAAAUACGUUAA